CCGCGCUCGGGACAUUCGGAUGUUCGUCAAUUGUGCAUGCAACAUGUCGCGCCUCGCUUUAUCGGAUUAGGCGAAGGCUAUUCGCAUUCUCGCGACAUUUCUCUGGUGACCGCGCACUACGACGAUCGUACGAUAACGAAUCAGCAUCUGCUCGUGCUCCAGUGUAACCAUGAGGACGAUUCGCGUGUCAACGUCGCAUCUAUCCCGACGGUCCGUAGUCCAGGAAGCGAACAUAACCCCGAGACAAUGAACCGCCCUGUUUUCGAGGUAUCUUACUAAUCGCGAGUGAGACGGCGGACAGGUGACAUUGAACGGAUAUUCGGCUGAGCCCGCGCCAAGCACAACAUGGGGCUAUUGUUCGCGAAACUAUGGAGCUUCUUCGGCAACGAAGAACAUAAAAUAGUAAUGGUUGGUCUGGACAACGCAGGAAAAACUACAAUAUUGUACCAGUUUCUAAUGAAUGAGGUUGUUCAUACUUCCCCAACCAUUGGCUCCAAUGUGGAAGAAGUGGUGUGGAAGAACAUUCACUUUAUAAUGUGGGAUCUGGGUGGCCAACAAAGUUUAAGAGCUGCCUGGUCCACUUACUAUACGAAUACCGAGUUUAUCAUUAUGGUCAUAGAUAGUACCGACCGAGAGAGGCUCGGUGUCAUUAGGGAAGAAUUGUACUCUAUGUUAAACCACGAGGAGUUAAGCAAGGCUAAUGUUCUGGUCUAUGCUAACAAACAGGAUUUAAAAGGCAGCAUGACUGCAGCAGAGAUCUCCAGACAGUUAGACUUGACGUCCAUCAAGAAGCAUCAGUGGCACAUACAGAGCUGUUGUGCACUUACUGGGGAGGGGCUGUACCAAGGACUAGAGUGGAUUGUGGGGCGCUUGAAAAAGACAUGACGUACAUUAUGAGAGUCGUUCGUAAGAGUUUAACGAAAAAUAUCCAAAAUGUAAAAUAUAUUAUUGAAGAUUAAUUAGUUCGAGCCACUUUGACGGUUAUGCGAAAAUGAAAAGCGGUAUGGACGCUGUCGCGACAUUUCGUUAGUCAUUAUUUUGGUCUCCCGUGUAACUCUCAAAGUGCAUAUCCGGUCACGCCGUUGAAACCACCGCGACCAAACACUUCACAGUGGACGGGCGAAAUCGUUCUUCGGUUACUAACUAUGCGAGACGAACACGACUGCUUGCACGAUGUAAAUAGAAAAAAAAAACAAUAGUAAUUUAAGGAAUGAUUGGAUUGUUCCGAUCGAAAGCCUUUCCGAAUAAUUUUAUAAUACUUGUCCAAAAAAGAAUAAAAAUAAGUGUCAAUAGAAAAAUACGAUGAGAUAUCGUAGACGCGUGUGCUAAGAAGAUUAAGCUAGAAUCAUACGAUGUAUGGUUUCAUGCGUUCCGACAUGCACGCUGACGGCAGCCCAGUUCACAGCGUAGAUCUUUCAAUACACGAUAGCGAUUCAUGCAGUGAACCGAACUGUCGAUUAGCACACAUUGUAAGAAGACAUGAAAUCGUGCAUUGUGUGAUUCUAGCUUAAUGAUUUUUCGCGCGUGACUAAUGUACGCAAAACACACGUUUGGUUUUGUUGUUAUAAUUAAUUGCUCACAAAGUCCGGAACGUGGUUCUUAAUCUACAAUUCGUUAGCUUCCGCAAAGAGAACGUCACAGAUUGCUUACGCAACAGUAUCCGAGGAAAGUUUUCUGCAUCCCGUCCACCUGCGCUCUGCAGUAACCAAGCAGUGGAAAUAGGAAGCGAAGACGGCGGAACUAGUUAUUUGUACUCAUUUGGUGUGAGAGCGAGCGGAACUGUUGCGCAACAACCGAGAAGUGCACCUGUGUACAUAGUUUUUAUACUUCGCGUUAAGAGAGUGAGUUCUGUAAGAAGGAAGGAAAAGCAACGGAUUAGAGAGCAUCGAUUUCACCGACAGAUUUUCAACACGUUCCCGUACGUAAAAGGGUUCCUCGCUCCCCCCCUUCCACGAGUAGGAUUUACGGCAAACUGGACCUGAUCGACCGAUUGAUACAACUUCGAGGAACUUCUCAAGGCAGAACUGUGAACUGCUCUGUGAUAUGUGAAUUCAAUUCUGAGACAGUUUGCAGCUAAUGACUCGCGUGGUACAUACUUGAUUAAUAUUGCGAUGCGCGACGAAAAAGAAAAAAAAAUCGGUAGAACAAUAGGUGGCUGACAAAGCACAGCGGAGAGCCAAUAGUAUAAUACGCUAUGUGAUUCGCGCUGUAUGUCGUGACAGAAAUGUGAAUGACAGAAGAGCUUGGAAUUAACAACACGCUCGCAAAUUUACGCUUGCUCAUCUUGUGGCAUUCCAUUCCACUUCGAGUGUCCAAAAGUCCAGAACGAUUAGAUCUUACUGCUGUUAAUACACAAUUGAUAUAAUUUAAUAUAACAUUAAUAUAUUACAAUUAUAUUUUAAUUUUGUAAUCGUACAAGCGUACUAGCCAAAUGCGAGAUUUGUUCCUCGAUCUCAUUUGUACUCACGAUUACCGCAACAAAAACUGCUAAUGAACGUACGCGAAUUCUAACGUAAUAUCGAAAUUCUUCUCCUUAAUCAACAGCUAUCUUAUUUUUCUUUUUAUUUAAGUAUCUAAGUUAUCGUGAGUGUAACGUGUUUAACUUUUAUGCAGCGUGAAAUACUCUAGUAGGUAAUAUUAAAUAUUGUAGUUAAAAAAGGGAAAAAAAGUGAAUUAUCAACGCUAACUACCGGUUAACGGGUAUACGCGAGAUUUAUUAUAUAGAAAUUGUUAAACAUCACCGCGCGCGCGAAGGAUAAAUGCCGUCUAAUGUCAGAGUGAGAUAAAACUUAGAUAAAAGAAUUGAUGCUAGCUUUCUCAUAUUGAGAAACGGUUUCUUAAAUGUUGACGUAAGAAUGUGUAUCGUAUAUAUUGUUCUAUUCCUUGAAAUUCUACGCGGGAUAUAUCGAAUUUUCGCUCGACGAAUUUUUAUCUUCGACCAUGUUCUCCCUACCCUCGCCCCGCCUCCUACCUUCCCCCUAUUUAACGUGAUUGUGUAAAAAUUUCUCGAAUGUAAAGUACAAGACAUAGGUUGUUUUAACGUCGAUGUUAGCAGAGUGCGGGAGUGCGCGGAUAAAAAUAUGAUCGUGCUCGUUGACGAACUCUUUACACGGUCCGAUCUGCCAGAAUGACGAUUUAAUAUGGUUAAUUAAUGAAACUCAUUUUCGAUUCAUCGAUCUUUAACUAUAAUAUAUUGUAUAAGUCAGGGAAUUCUUUCCUGUACACAACUUUAUUAAAAAUAAUAACGGAGACUCUAAAAAAUAUGCGAUGUAAAAUAAAUUAAAAAGAGUUUCUAUCGGUA